UAAGGCCGCUGUCCUGGCUCCCGUGAACCUCCGGGAGCGCUCGCGCCGCUCCGCGGGGAGUCCUUGGAUCUCACAGUGAGCGGGUUGGGACCCAAGGAAGGGAAAAGAGGGGACCCUGGCGAGCCACGGCUGGGGCGGCGGGCUGGAGGGUUAUUUGGGAAGUCAGCCCCGGCCUCGAUCCUACCCGAGUUGCUGCCUACGCGUGCCGCCCGGACCUGGGAUACUCCUGGCGGCUCGGCCCGCCCAACCUGCAGCCUCAGCACUGCAGACCCCAAGGGCCAGCACAGUGCCCAACACAGAGGAGAUGCCUAGGAAAAUGGCGGAAUGAAUGAAUGAAUGAAAAAUGUUUGCUGACCCUUGACAUUGACAAACUGCUGACAGCUCAGAUGAUCCAUGAUUGGAAGGAUGCGGUCAUCACCAAGAUGUCUUUCUUUCUCUGGCUCCCAGUUUUUCAAGCCUGAAUUGUUUUCCAAUCAAAGUGAAGAGACAGUCUGUGGAUGUUGAAUAUGCAAGGAACUGAAGAGAGAGAGAUUAGAAGAGAGACUUGUCCAGGCUGGGUAAACAAGAACAAGCCUGCCCCAGAGCAGGAUGUCUGUAAAAUUGACUCAUCAGGGAUAGUAGCAAAGAGAUUCCAAGAGGAUGAAUACCAAGAUUCUACAUUUGAAAAAAAAUAUGCAUGUGAGGGCAUGAAGGAAAACUCUCCUAGGGAGAUUGCUGAAUCAUGCCUUUUCCAGGAAGGAGGUUUUGGGGGAAUAACUUUCAUCCACAAAGAAGCACCCCCUGAAAUUAUUAGUCAAAACUAUAAUUUUGAGAAAAGCUUGCUUUUGACCUCAAGCCUUGUUACACGUCUCAGGGUUUCUACAGAAGAGAGUCUGCAUCAGUGGGAAACAAGUAAUGUACACAGCAAUGAUUUUUCAGACCAAAGUAAAUGUCCAACUCUCUGCACACAGAAGAAAUCUUGGAAAUGUAAUGAAUGUGGAAAAACCUUUACUCAGGGCUCAUCCCUUACCCAACAUCAGAGAACUCAUACUGGAGAGAGACCCUAUGCAUGUGAGGAAUGUGGGAAAGCCUUUAGUCGUAGUUCGUUCGUUGUUCAACAUCAAAGAAUUCACACUGGAGUGAAACCAUAUGGAUGUGAGCAGUGUGGGAAAACAUUUAGAUGUCGAUCAUUUCUUACUCAGCAUCAAAGAGUUCACACUGGAGAGAAACCUUAUAAAUGUAAUGAAUGUGGGAAUUCCUUCCGCAAUCACUCACAUCUCACUGAACACCAGAGAAUUCACACUGGAGAGAAACCUUAUAAAUGUAAUAGAUGUGGGAAGGCAUUCAAUCAGAAUACACACCUUAUUCAUCAUCAGAGAAUUCACACUGGUGAGAAGCCUUAUGUAUGCGGUGAAUGUGGCUCUUCUUUUCGAAAACACUCAAAUCUUACACAACAUCAGAGAAUUCACACUGGGGAAAAACCCCAUAAAUGUGAUGAAUGUGGGAAAACUUUCCAAACAAAGGCAAACCUCUCUCAGCAUCAGAGAAUUCAUACUGGAGAGAAACCCUAUAAAUGUAAAGAAUGUGGCAAAGCGUUUUGUCAGAGCCCAUCUCUUAUUAAACACCAGCGAAUUCAUACUGGAGAAAAACCAUAUAAGUGUAAGGAAUGUGGCAAAGCAUUUACUCAGAGCACCCCACUCACUAAACAUCAGAGAAUACACACAGGGGAGAGACCCUACAAAUGCAGUGAAUGUGGUAAAGCCUUCAUUCAGAGCAUUUGCCUUAUUCGGCAUCAGAGAAGUCACACUGGAGAAAAACCCUAUAAAUGCAAUGAAUGUGGAAAGGGCUUUAAUCAGAACACCUGCCUCACUCAGCAUAUGAGAAUUCAUACUGGAGAGAAGCCCUAUAAAUGUAAAGAAUGUGGGAAAGCCUUUGCUCAUAGCUCAUCUCUUACUGAACAUCAUAGAACUCACACUGGUGAGAAGCUCUAUAAAUGUAGUGAGUGUGAGAAAACCUUCCGCAAGUAUGCACACCUUAGUGAACAUUACAGAAUUCACACUGGUGAGAAGCCUUAUGAGUGCAUUGAGUGUGGAAAGUUCUUCAGACAUAGUUCAGUGCUUUUCAGACAUCAGAAACUUCACAGUGGUGAAUAAUGCAGGCAUUUAGGUUAUGACAGUUUCUCUAGUGAGGAUGACUACGAAUCUGACUGGGAGUAGAGGGGCAGGUAGAGUUCCUGGAGGGAAGGAAGAAGGAGCCUUGGCUACUGUACUCUGAGAGGAAUGUUUCCAGAAAUGGAGGUGAGAGCUUAGGGAAUGCAGAGCCUACUUGAGGUGGGCAUCUGGGAAUACAGGGUAGAAGGAAAUUCCUGCUUUUCAGAUAAAGCCUACACGUUGCCACUGCCUCCCCAUGUGACUCUUAAAGCUUGAGGGGGCAUUUGUUAAGUUAGCACUUCUGCUAACUUUACUACACCCUGCCCCAUCUUCUGACUUGUCACCCAUUUUCGUUGGCUGGCAGGUUGAGAUGUUUUUCUUAAACACUGCCUGUCAGUGUCAAGUGGCACAGUUCUGAUGUAGUGCUAAGUCUAGCCUCCAGAUUUGAGGCAGCCCUGACCAUGCUACCAUGGGGGAAGCUCCCAACCUGUAGAAGUGGUCCUGUAAAGAGGAGACGGAAACAAAUAACCAAAAAAAAAAAAAAAAAAAAAUCCAUAUUCAUUUAAAAAAAGGAGAUAUAAAGCAACAACUGGGCUAACCUCUAUAGAUCUGCCAGUAAAGAAGGUCUUUCCUCAUUCUUCCAAGCUUUGGGGUGACUCGGAGCUAAGAAUGAAACAGGAGAUCAAGUUAGAAUUCAUGAUGUUGGUUUAUGGGAAGGCAGUCAUACCUGUUCAGAGAACCAGUAAGACCCAGUAUCUAUCUCAGAGGAAUAAUGGUUACCCAGGAAGGAAAUGGUCUGCUCAAGUGACAAGCCUCAGAACAGGAAGCCUGCAUGCAACUGAGCAAGUCACCUACAUAACUCUGCCUGUGCUAAGGUGUACACCUGUCUAUUGUAACUUUGCCUAGGCUCUUGGUGUACAGAGACCAGAGAAGAGAGACCCACUAGGAGUAACAGCAUCCUAACAAAGUGAUACUUAGUUUGUUGGUCUUUAGGAGAAAGCAUUAGUAAUGAAAGGAGAGAAUUUUCAGUUGAUUGGACGUUGGGGCCGCUUAAGAAAGUGUUGACAUUUGUCAUGGAAUGAUUUUGGAAAGACUUCUAAAACAAUCUUUUUCAAAUCCCUGAAAAUCAGGAUAGCACAUUUUGCCACUGACUGUGACAGUAUUUUAUUCUUUUGAGAGAAAUGACAUAGUUUUCCCUUUAUUUCCCAAAUUCCUUUCAUGUUCUUAACUGCUACCCAGAAAUUGAGCUCCAGAACAUUGAGGAUAGCCUUUGACUGGUAUUUAAAAUAGUUUCUAAGCUGUGAAGCUUAUAGCAUUUUUAAAGUGUGGCUAUUAAAAACACUAAAUUAGGUUGAUUCUGGAA